AUGUAUCAGCCUUCAGAGGCAGUUGCAUCGCUACUGCUCCUACCCGUUGUCAUAAUCAUCUACAGAUUCUCGUCUCCACGUCUCCCGCUCCCUCCCGGCCUCAAACCUACACUUUGGGCCGGGAACGUGCAUCAGCUUCCAGCCUCUGAACCUUGGUUGACCUACGAAAAAUGGGCGAAAGAGCACGGCCUUUUUGUGCGGCGCUCGAUCUACUCGACACAAGACUUCCUGCCAACAGAGAGUCUGUUGAACAUCUUUGCUCGCAUCUUUCCUUCCACGAAACAAGCAGGCUCCAGUCGCGCCAAGCGCUCUGCAUUCAUCUGUUCCGUCUUCGUCUCUCCGCAGCUACCUGAGACCGCCGAUGCUGGCCAGAAAGUAGCUGAGCUGCUCACGUACGUACCCUCUACGGAGUGGGAGGAGACAUCCAGGAAGAUCAUGGAUAUCGUUUCCGCGGCGAACCUUGCAUUCUCAUCAUUGACCAUCAUUCCACCGACCCCCCGCCGUCAUCGCCAAGCGCCCAUAUUUCAUGGGCGCCAGCAGUUCUCUCUUCUUCCAGUGAACUCCGACUCUUUCCUCACCAUAUGCAUCGAUGCUACUUUGGCCAAGGGCGAGACUCCCGCCUCCCCUCCUAUCACCGAAUUCUCGAGUCUCAGCCUCGAUAGUGCCUCCACCAUGGUCUCUUCGUCGGAGAGCGCUUCUUCGCAGCGGACGCAUCUGUCCAACGAGGCUGAGUUCUACUACGCUGGCCCGUCCUCUGGCCCGCCCUUGGUCGGCCGCUCCAGCACCACUCCAUGGGAGGCGCCUGGCAUCGCGGAGGCGUACAACAAGCCUAAGGUGCUCAGGACCGUCGGCAGGCGUGCGAUCAAAGCUGUCUGGGAGGGCAGCUUGUCUCUCGAGGUCGUUGAACACCUGGAUUCGAAGCAGGUGGCUUGGACCAGCAUCGAUGUAGUUCGCAUCGGCUACGUGGAAGAGUACUCCCGCCCCGUCAUCCUCUGGAUUGGCAUGCAGCGCGGAUCUUUCUCCCUCGAGGACGGCGCCAAAGCGGCCGGCAGUUGCCAGGGGAUUCUCGUACAGUCCGGCGGCAUCGACGUCGACGUCGAGAUACGCGCGUCCUGCGUGGCCGCCUUGGAAGGUCCCAAGCUCCUCGCGCCCACCGUCUCCUCCGACCCCACCGUAGACGUUCGAGACCCUUUCACUCACACGCUCGGUCUCCCCAUCUCUGGCAAGCUCACACCUUGGGCUGAGGCUCGUCACGUUCUCUUGAAGCCGAAAAGAACCGACAACAACACCUUCGAACACAAGUCAUCCGCGCCCCGUCGUGAGGUCAUCCUUCUCGGCGAUGCCGCGUUCAAGAAGUCCCUCGAGUCCAUUCAGGUCGAGAUCGGAGAGCAGCCGCUCACGACCCCGUACCUGGAGAGCCGUAUCGCCAAUUUCGCGGGCGUGGCCGGCGAUGAGGCCGAAACGGAGCGCGAAGAGGCUGGGGAUGAGUUGGCCAAGAUGAAGAAGGCGAAGGAGGCUCUUAAGGCCUCGAGAGGUCGAACUGGGCGGCGAGGUCUUUCAGAAGCUGAGUGGCAUGCUGCUUUGCUUCAUCUACUGAACGCUCACUAG